AUGUUGAUCAAGAACAUUUUCAUCGAGUUACGCUCUCGCCUGAGAAGCUGCAACGUUUUUAUUACGACUGGAGUCGAUUUUACAAAGAACUGUAAUUUAAAAAUAAGUAUACAAGCCAACUGCAUCGUCCUGAACUAUUACAAAGACGAUGACAGGUCGAAGAGACGAGACAGUUUGUCAUCCAUAGAAAGUCUCUCCGACUGCUCUUCAGAUGAUGACGAAGAAGUCAGCUAUGUCAUCCCUGUGAGGGAGUUCUGCCAGAUAAUACCAAAUUCUAUGUCAUGUCUCAAAAUAGAUAAGAGCACCAUAUCGUUCAGGAUUCUCACUGAACCUAAGAACGGCGGUAAUUUCUACAAGGAAUUGCUUUUAACUAAUAAUUUAGAAACGACCACUAAAAGCAAUCUGUUAAAACUGAACGUCACAGUGGGCGAAGAGCUUAAAAUCACUUGUGCUAACUGUUCAAAUGUUGUUUCCAACACUGGUGUUAAAUUUAACAGAAUCCUGGAAUUACCAACAGCAAAUUUGGAUAUGACCGAAUGGUUCUGCCACGGACAUGGCCACUCGCAUGGCAACUCGUCGCAAGCUGAACCCAUAAAUUUGCAGCCAAACAAGACUGAUUUUCUGUACAGGCUGACAUUCUUUGUCGUCAACAACACAAUCCUUGCAGAAAAAACUAAUAAAUUCAACUCGAAAAGAGAGGUUUACCAUUGCAACCGUUGCCUGGCGUGGCUCGGAUUAAAAAAUAAGGAUACAGUUAAAUUAUUCAAUUCGGAAGUUAAAAUUCAGCAAAAUAAUGUAGAAAAAUGUGUAUUUGCUGUUAAAUCUCUUCAAAAUAUACAUACCAAUGAUUUUAUUUACACCAUUGAGAAUGUGACCAGAGAAUUCAACUUAGGUUUUCAAUACACAGUCAUGUGUAAAAUAAUAUUAGAAUGCACAAUAUCAGCUUCUAAAAAACAGUUUUUACUCAUUUGGGUGAUGGAUAAAGAGCUCCAAGUCCUAAGAAAUAAUGUGGAAAAGAUUUUGAGUGAGAAAGUUGAACUCCAAUCUAGUUUUGUGACCAAAAUUUUGUUUAAAGUGGAAUUUUGUAUGAAUGAGGAGGUUGAAUCGUGGCUGUCGGACCCCACCGUGGUCUCCACCGACAUAUCCAAGGGUAUGUUCAGCAAUGGUCUCGCGCAUCUGCAGAAAAUGUCUUUGAAAGUGCCCGAGUCCUUUCGAAACACGAAUGGGUACUGUGUAAGCUACCUGAAAGUUUGA